GAAACGACAGUCGCCUUGAACUGCUUUGAGCUUGUGUUCAUGUUACCCUAGGAAUUCUUCUCCUCUCUCACUCUCUCUUCAGCUCAUCUACAAUCCUAACUUAAUAGCGGCAACCCGAAAGAAGGAACUUCGAGCUUGUUUCAACUCCGAAGAUCUCUACCGAAUCGCAAAAUCCCAGAUAAGUCUUUUUCGAACUUUAAAUUUUCUAAUGCUGCAUUCAAAUUCAAGAGGCAUAUUAUGCACCAAAUGAGAAUUUUGGGUUGGAUUCGUAACCUAUUGCAAGAUUGGUGUUCAUGUUAAAUGGGUGGCUCCCAAUUUGGGAAAACAGACGAUUCGGCACUUGCCCACUUGGCCAUUUUCGCUCUGUUUUUAGAUUACUUGAUUUCCCUAAGUCCUGCGGAUCUUUAGCGAUAAUGGGUAUCAAUCAUGAACUCUAUAUCGCUUCUGAGUUCGCGGAUAGUCUGCAGAUUUUCAACUUCUUUUAUUGUGCGUCUAACAGUUUGGAAUCGGAGUUUUAGUAGUGAUGAUGGAUUUGAGUGCGUUGUGGAGCCCUUUAAGAGGGUGUGCAAGAGGUCAGAGUUGGGUUGCUUUACGGAUGAAAAUUCAGAUUCUUCUGAGUUUGGGGGUCGUAGAUGGGAUGAUUUCUCUGUGAGAAGGGGUUUUCUUGAGGAUGCGAGAUCUGAUGCUGAAAAGGUUCUUGAGGUUCUCAAACAGGAUGGUCCUGGAUUUGACACCAUUUUGGCUUUGGAUGAACUGCAAAUAAAGGUCUCAGGAUUUCUUGUUAGGGAAGUUCUGAUGCGGAUUUUGAGAAGUAUAAAUUUUGUAGACAAAACCCAGUGUGCAAAAUUGGGGUACAAGUUUUUCGUGUGGUCGGGUAAGGUCGAGAAUUACAGACACACUGCAAGCUCAUAUCAUAUUAUCAUGAAGAUAUUUGCUCAAUGUGAGGAGUUCAAGGCUAUGUGGAGAUUAGUCGAUGAGAUGACCGAGAAAGGGUACCCUGUUACCGCAAGGACAUUUAUCAUAUUGAUAUGUACUUGUGGUGAUGCAGGUUUGGCUAGGAAAGUUGUUGAGAGGUUUAUCAAAUCAAAAACAUUCAAUUACAGGCCAUUUAAACACGCUUAUAAUGCCAUUCUCCAUGGACUUCUUGUUAUAAGACAGUACAAGCUGAUUGAAUGGGUGUAUCAGCAAAUGCUGCUGGAUGGUCACACCUCAGACAUUCUGACAUAUAAUGUGCUAUUGUUUACAAAGUGCAAACUGGGGAAAUUGGAUCAGUUCCACAGAUUGCUAGAUGAAAUGGGCAGGAAUGGGUUUUCUCCUGAUUAUCAUACCUAUAACAUUCUUCUUUAUGUUCUUGCCAAAGGAGACAAACCUCUUGCAGCUCUAAAUCUUUUGAACCACAUGAGGGAAGUGGGUUUCGAUCCGGGCGUUCUUCACUUCACAACGCUGAUAGAUGGACUUAGUCGGGCUGGUAAUUUGGAUGCUUGCAGAUAUUUUUUCGAUGAACUGGCUAACAACGGCAACAUUCCUGACGUUGUUUGCUACACUGUGAUGAUCACAAGCUAUACAGUGGCUGGGGAGCAUGAGAAAGCUCGCCAACUUUUUGAUGAAAUGAUAAUAAAGGGCCAGCUCCCCAAUGUAUUUACAUACAACUCCAUGAUUCGUGGUUUUUGUAUGGCGGGUGAAUUCGAGGAGGCUUACGCUAUGCUUGCAGAAAUGGAAUCCCGAGGUUGCAAUCCAAAUUUUCUUGUAUAUAGUACCCUUGUAAGUUAUUUGCGAAAUGCUGGAAAGCUUUCCGAGGCUCAUAAAGUUAUAAAGCAUGUGGUUGAGAAGGGGCAAUUUGCCCAUUUAGUGACAAAAUUCAAGGGAUAUAGGAGAUGCUAGAUCAGUAGGAUGAAUCUUUGUAAUUGGAGAUUAUUAAUUAAUAACUAGAUGAGAAGUUCAAGAGCCAGUUUGUCCAUGGUUUCCAGAUAUCAAUUAAUAGCGGUGACUAUUAUUCUAACCUCUUUUUA